AUGGAAGAUUCCGUGACUCUUACCAGCAGAGAGACGAUAUCUCUGGAUUCUUUGUCUGAAUAUGACGGACCAUCUAGUGAUCUGACGACCUGGGAUGGCGUGAAUGACCCUGAAAAUCCUCAAAACUGGUUCGCGAGACGGAAGCUGUGGGUGUCUCUGGUAUUUUCCACAAUGACGUUUUGCUAUGUCAUGUCCAGUAGUGGUUUCAGUGGCAUGGCACCAGCUCUAGUAGAAGAAUUUCGGGUUUCUUCCACUGUAGGUAAUUUGAGUGGGGCAACCAUCGGAUCCACGAUAUGGGGACCGUUAUCCGAAUGCUACGGGAGACGAAUUCCAAUUCUUCUAGGAUUCUGCGGGUUUACUGCCUGCCAAGUCCACGUAGCGGCUGCUUCCAAUAUUACGAUCCUGCUUAUCUACCGUACCUUCUGUGGCUUUUUCGGCACAGCAUCUACGAUCAUUGCAGGGGGGGCGCUGGCAGAUAUUUGGCGCCUGUCAAGCCGUGGGACCGCCGUCAUCAUUUUUACUAUCUGUCAAUUCAUUGCACUAAUCCUUGGUCCGAUAUUCGGAGCUUAUAUAUCGUAUUCCCACCUACACUGGCGCUGGGCCGUAUGGAUUCCUACGAUCAUCUCCGCCGUCCUUCUUUUAGCAGCGUUCUGUUCUUUGCCAGAGACGUAUGGCCCCCGAAUUUUACAACAACGAGCUCGACGCUUUCGGAUGCGGACCAAAAAAUGGGCCAUUCAUUCCCAGCUGGACGAACAGGAGGCCGAUCAUAGCUGGAAACGCUACUUGCUACAGCCAGUCAGUAUGCUGGUUCACGAAAUCAUCCUCUUUCUGAUCGCCAUUUACUUGUCAUUCAUCUAUGGGCUUGUUUUCUUACUAUGCGAAGCGUUCCCAUUCGUCUUCGCCCACGUGCGACAGUGGAGUUCAGAGAAUGCCACACUUUCUCUCAUCUCGAUCGGCAUGGGCGUUGCUCUAGGCAGCUUCUUGAUGCUAUGGGCAAAUCAUAUAUUUAACCAAAAAGCGCAGCAGCAUGCCUCUGACCUCGGUCAUUUGGCAGUUUCUAUCCAUCAGAUUGCAGAAGACCGUCUUUUGCCGAUGGCGUCAGGAGGCAUCGUUUUAUCUCUAGGGUUCUUUUGGUUUGCCGCCACUUCAAACCUCCACGUGACAUGGGUUGCACAGGAUGUAGCAGGAAUCUUCAUUGGGUGUGGAAUUUUCAUCAUAUUCCUUCAAGGACUCAACUAUCUCGUGGACGUUUAUAUGCACAAGGUCAAUAGUGCUUUUGCAGCCACUAACAUUCUCCGCAGUAUUGUUGCCACCGUCACACCACUAAUAGCACUGCCGAUGUUUCGCACUUUGGGCGCUCCCUGGGCUAGUGCCAUGCUCGGGUUUCUAAGUUUGAUAUUGGUGCCGGUACCGGUAUUUCUUCACAGAUAUGGGAAAAAAAUUCGGACCAAAAAUUCCGUACUUCUCAAAAUGCCAGAAGUCACGCAUCCGGCAACCAGAUACACCAAAACCACAAUAAUCUCACCACCCUUGCAAUCAGUGCACCCAUCAUCGGCACACCACACUACGAUGAUAUGA